CGCUGAGACCCUGAGCGAGUCGCGGCGGGGUGUGGUGUCCGGCCAGGGCUGUGUGCGUCGGAGGACGCGUGGGCGAGACCUAAGCCGGCUGCUGCGCAGGCUCGCUCGGGGUCGCGGGCGCUGCGGGCGCUUGUGUGCGGGUCACCUGGCUCCCGCGCUCAGGGGCAAGUACACCUGCUCCCCCGGACGGUGGUGGGAAACGCGGUGGCACGAAGUCCGUUAAGUAGCAGCUGGUGUUUGAAGUGACUGCAUCAGAUUCAUUUUUGGCCUCCUUCGUCUCCGCAGAGUUAUGCACGUUUCUCAAGUUCACAGACUGUUCAGUUCCUUGUCUUUGAUGGUUAAUUUUGUGAGGAGUGACUACAGAGAAGCUUCCUCCCGAUGUUUCUGUUCGUACAUAGUUCUCUGCUGUAGAUGAACGGUGUCUACACGCACGUUCGUGAAAUGACUCUUCAGGAGCUGGUGCACCAGGCCGCCUCCCUCUAUUCGGACAGAAUAGCUGUGUGUUUUGAUGAAUGCAACAACCAGCCUCCAGUUUACUACUCCUAUAAGACUGUGGUUACUGCUGCCUCCGAAUUAUCCGGUUUCCUGCAGUUACACUGUGACUUUGAUGGAAUUCGGGAAAUUGGUCUCUACUGCCAGCCGGGAAUAAACGUGCCCUCUUGGAUUUUAGGAAUUCUCCAGGUGCCUGCUGCUUAUGCUCCGAUUGAUCCAGACUCGCCUCCAUCAUUGUCAGCUUAUCUUAUGGAAAAAUGUAACCUAAAGUAUAUCCUUGUUGAGAAAAAGCAAAUUAAUAAAUUCAGGUCUUCCCAUGAAGCACUAUUGAACCAUGGCACGGUUACAGCUGAACAUAAUGACCUGGUACUCUUCAGACUUCACUGGAAAAAUGUUGAGGUGAACUUGAUGCUGAGUGAUAGAAAAGAGAAACACAAAAGUGAGAACAGCAAAGAAGAAGAACACGUGGACAUGAGACAAGAGCGUUGCUUAGCCUAUGUUCUACACACUUCCGGGACUACAGGGACACCCAAGAUUGUCAGAGUGCCCCAUGCGUGUAUACUACCAAACAUCCAGCAUUUUCGGUUACUUUUUGAUGUCACAAAAGAAGAUGUUUUGUUUCUGGCUUCGCCUCUGACCUUCGAUCCUUCUGUUGUGGAGAUAUUUGUUGCGCUCUCCAGCGGCGCCUCUCUGCUUGUCGUGCCAGCUUCCGUCAAAGUGCACCCAUCCAGACUAGCAGCCGUGCUCUUUUCCCGUCACAGAGUGACUGUUCUGCAGGCCACUCCAACGUUGCUCAGAAGGUUUGGAUCUCCGCUCAUCGAGUCGGUGGUUUUGUCGGCCAGUACUUCUCUCCGAGUGUUAGCGCUGGGCGGUGAACCGUUUCCCUCCCUGACUGUCCUCAGGAGCUGGAGAGGAGAAGGCAACCGAACACAGAUCUAUAACAUUUACGGUGUCACGGAGGUAUCGAGUUGGGCAACCUUUCACAGGAUUCCAGAGAAGAUUCUUAACUCCACUUCAAAAUGGGAAUGGCCUGUGCCGCUGGGAUUGCCACUGCUGGGAACAGUGGUCGAAGUCAGAGAUGCCAGUGGUCUCACGGUUCACGAAGGAGAUGGCCAAGUAUUUUUAGGUGGCAGAAACAGGGUGUGUCUUCUUGAUGAUGAAAUGACAGUACCACUUGGCACAAUGAGAGCCACAGGAGACUUUGUGACUGUGAAAGAUGGAGAGAUAUUUUUCUUGGGACGAAAGGAUGGUCAGAUCAAACGUCAUGGCAAACGUCUUAACAUUGAACUUGUACAACAGGCUGCUGAAGAACUUCAGCAGGUGGAGUCUUGUGCAGUUACGUGGUACAAUCAGGAAAAACUGAUUCUCUUCGUGGUGUCCAAGGAUGCUUUGGUAAAGGAUCGCAUCUUUAAAGAAUUGCAGCAACGUCUUCCAAGUCACGCCGUCCCGGAUGAGCUCGUGUCGAUUGGCUCGCUGCCGUUUACGUCCCAUGGCAAAGUUGAUGUUUCUGAGUUAAACAAGAUAUAUUUAAACUCCAUAAACUUGAAGCCUAAGGAUAAACUCAGUGGAAAAGAAGAUCUUUGGGAAAAAUUACAGUGUUUGUGGAAGUCUGUUCUGAGCGUCUCAGAAGAUCUUCUGCGGGUUCCUGAUGAGUCGCGCUUCUUAAAUAGUGGCGGCGACUCCCUGAAGUCCAUCCGGCUCCUCAGUGAGCUUGAACAACUCGUUGGGUCCCCGGUGCCUGGGCUACUGGAAGUCAUCCUCAGCGGGUCCAUUUUGGAGAUUUACCAUCACGUCCUGCAAACAGUGUUUCCCGAUGAGGACCUGACGGCACUCAGCAAGAGCUGCACCCCAAAAAGGAAGCUCCGUGACGCGGAUCUGGAGGAAGGCUCUGGAGAGCCUCCGCGUCAGCAGUGUGCCUCGCCUUCAGACGGCGGUGACCGGGGCGCUGCCUGCAUGGCACUGAGCCGAGGGAGGCAGGUUCUGUGCCUGAACAUGACUGGGUCUGUCCCAGAGCGAGGGCCUUGCCCUUCAGCCUGUUACGAGUCAGUUUCUCAGACUCACAUUCAGAUGUCGAAGAACUCGGACCUCCCAGCUCUAGAUGAGACGCCCAGAGAUCCUUCCUGUGCUGCAGGUGUUUCUGGAGAAGGGCAGCCUGUGCGAGGGGCGGAGAAGGUGGAGCUCCCUGUGAGGUGGAGGGCCGACACGGGCAAGUGUGUGGACGCGUCGCCUCUGGUUGUGAUCGCAGCUGCUCCUGGGUCCCCCGCGACCGUGUACAUUGGGUCCCAUUCCUGUAGAAUGACGGCACUGGACCUGUACUCUGGGCAGGUGAAAUGGGAACAGGUUCUAGGAGAUCGAAUCGAGUCCUCGGCGUGCGUGUCUAAGUGUGGAAACUUUAUUAUAGUGGGCUGUUACGACGGAUUGGUGUAUGUUCUGGAAAGUAAUAGUGGAGAAAAACACUGGACGUUUACUACCGGGGAUGCUGUCAAAAGCUCUGCAGCCGUGGAUCCGUCCUCGGGGCUCCUCUACAUCGGCUCGCAUGACCAGCAUGCGUACGCUGUAGAUAUUUACAAGAAGAAGUGUGUCUGGAAGUUGAAAUGUGGAGGCGCCAUCUUUUCCUCUCCCUGCUUGAGCCUGCUGCCAUAUCACGUGUAUUUUGCCACACUGGGAGGACAUUUGUUGGCUGUAAAUCCUGCUACUGGGAACACAGUUUGGAAGCACGGCUGUGGAAAACCUCUCUUCUCUUCUCCCCGGUGCUGCCUGCAGUACGUCUGCAUCGGCUGUGUGGACGGGCGUCUUCUCUGCUUCACCCACGCCGGCGAGCAGGUUUGGCAGUUCUCUGCCAGUGGCCCGAUCUUCUCGUCGCCAUGCACCUCCACGUCAGAGCAAGAAGUAUUUUUUGGUUCCCAUGACAGUUGUGUCUACUGUUGCAGUACGAGAGGUAACCUCCGAUGGAAAUUUGAAACCACCGCGAGGGUGUACGCCACACCGUUUGCUUUCCGGCAUCACAGUCGCAGCAGUGCAGCGUUGCUGGCGGCAGCGUCUACUGAUGGGAAGCUGUGGAUCCUGGAAUCUGAGAGUGGGCAGUUGCAAGAUGUGUAUGAACUUCCUGGAGAAGUCUUCUCCUCGCCUGUGGUCUGGGAGUCGAUGCUCGUCAUUGGGUGUAGAAACGAUUACGUGUAUUGUCUGGACUUACUGGGUGGCAGUCACAGAUGACGGAGCACAAUCCCUACUAGUUCAUACCUGUGAGAUGUCUGAAAACGUUUUGCCAUUCUAGAGCGUGAGCAACCAGAGCCUACAGAAAGAGUUGGAGUUUGCAUUACAACAACACAGCAUCACUGCAGAAGGAGAGAAAGGUCUUCCUUCCAUUGGUUCACCCCCUAAAUGGCCAUCACGGCUGGUGCUGCACUGAUCUGAAGCCAGGAGCCAGGUGCUUCUCCUGGUCUCCCAUGUGGGUGCAGGGCCCAAGGACUUGGGCCAUCCUCCACUGCCUUCCCUGGCCACAGCAGAGAGCUGGACUGGAAGAGGAGCAACCGGGACAGAAUCCGGCGCCCCAACUGGGACUAGAACCCAGAGUACCGGCACUGCAGGCGGAGGAUUAGCCUAAUCAGUGCUUCCCAGGCCUUCCUGUCCAUACUUGCCACUUGGAGCUGUUGCCAUCCCACUGAGCUGGCCUGGGAGGAGGGCGCCCUGCUGAGCCACGCUGGAGCCUGAGGCAAAAGGAAAAGUCGUGACACUGUCCAAGGCAGACAGGAUGGAUGUGAUGAGCUACAGAGCACUGUGUGUGGGGCUCUGUGUGGAGAGUCCCAUUAAACGAAAUGGUGAGGCAAUCCUGGAGCUGACGAAUGCCAAAAUGAGAAAUGAAUUCCGCUGCGGGCCAUGUGCAGCACAAUAGGAACUGCUUCCCACUGCACUGAAGGAAAAGACCAAACCUUGCUAACAGUCUGCAGGUCCAGUGGCUGUGCCUUAAGCCCGGCGUGCAGAGCGCAGCUGUCCCCGACAGCACGGGGCAGCUGCUUCUCGGAUGAACGUGCUUGCCAUGUGGGGACCCUGCUGCCAUCCUUUGAGGUAAAUGAUGGAAGGCGGCACGCUGCAUAAAGCAAGCAGUAAUGGAUACUAAGCGAAGGUGUUCUUGUAGAGGAGAAAGGACGCGAUUCCCUCCGCACUGGGCACAGGAUACGUACCUGACUGUGGAGUAAGGAUCUAAGAACCGGAGACGGCCAACCCUGUGAAGUACACAGCACCAGCAAUGUGUUGGGGUGGAGGGUGCCGCUGGGAUUGUUUCCAGUAAAGCAAAUCCGGGAAAGUACCUGCGUGUGGCUUUUAACCUGCCAGGUCCCUUCUUGGUAUGCUCGUGUGUGAUGAUAGCAAGGCCACUUAAAACUCCGAUGUUCUUAAAGGUAGCCGGGUGAAUGCUCUAAAUUAUAAAUGCUGCUGACACUUGAUCCUACGGAUGAAUUAUUAUAGUCAAGAACAAAGCUUCCGCUGAAGUCCUUAGCUCCAAGGCUCCUUGUUGCUGGGAUCUUCGGAGAGACCGUGAAGCCAAUGGCUGGCCCUGUCCUGUGACAGAUGGCUGGUUUGCAGGGUGGGUCCAGCAUUUUUCCUGCUUUGAGUGACUGCGCUCCCCUCCCCUCACUGCAGAGUCUGACAGGGCUCGCACCAGACUUCGCCUUGGGGAUCUGGGCUGGGACGGAGCCUCCCACCUUGGGAACCAGUGCACAGGAGCGGGUUCCCGGAGAGGGGCCGAGAGCUUGCAGCCACCUUCAGUGCGCCUUCCUGGGAGCCGCGGGGCCAGAGGCUUCGGGAGUCCUCGAAGAGGGUGUGAAGGGCUGCGGCUCCGUGUGUGGGCAGCGUCCGCGAGGGGGACGGGGGCACGGAGCCGGGCAGGCCGGUCCUGCGAGUCCCAGUGACUGCAUCCAGGAGCACGGGCCUUCCCGUGUCUACACACGGGGCGGCACCCCGAGACCAGGGCCGGCUAAGUGGGGGACAAC